AUGAGCUCGCUCAAGCAGAAUUUGCCUUUUAUGGACCGAAAUAAAGGAAUUAUGGACACUGACAGAGGAUUCCCAGCCGGGCUUGCGCGAUCGAAAGCGCCUGGAUUCGGCUUUUCAGAAAAGAGUUUUGAAUUGAACGGGCCACAGGUUGCUUGCGUCAUUGGACAACCGCAGCAACAUCAUCCCAAAGCCGAAGAGAGUUGCCACUUCUUUACGAAUGGUUCGGAAUUUUUGAAAAACACAAUCGGUUGUAACGGUGGUUUUGUCUGUCUAGCAGAAACUGUUCCGCAGGCAACUUCAGUAAUGCCAGUGAAUGAAGCAUCCUGGAAAGAAAAGCAGGAGAAAUUGUUCUGGGCCCGAGCUCCCAAUGCAUCUCAGCCAUCACUUCUGGCUCCAUCGCAGUCUCAGAAACCAGGUAUUUUUACGCACUCAGUAGACAUCUUUUUUCGUCGACGUUUUUCAUGUCUGUCUAGGUUCUGUGCUGCACGCGUCAUAAUGUGA